AUGCCUCCUCUCCGAUCGACUCGGGAUAGCGGGCUGGCCGCACUGGCCUGCACCGAGUGCAGGAAGCAGCAUUUGAAAUGCGACGCUAGCAAGCCAUCCUGUUCGCGCUGCUCGCAGAGCGGCCUUCUCUGCCAAUACCUGCCUUCCCGACGCGGCGGACGCAGAAAACCACGCCACGACUCCAUCUCGCAAUAUCAAACCCCGACUCGUAGAAAUGAAAUCAGUUCACCAGCUUCAACUCUCCAGCCCAGUUCUUCCCGCCCGACUAAUGCGCAGGACGACUCGUCGCAGAGAAGCUCGCAUCCGGAUUUUGGAAGCAUCUCAUGGCCUGCGUCGCUGCCUCAGAAUGGUGUCGGACAGAAUGGUUUAGGUCAUGAAUGCAGCGUUGGUGAUUUCGACGAUCGCUUCCUUCGUUUGUUCUACGAGAAUUUUCACGUUGCGCACCCCAUUCUGGUGCCUUUUUCUCUGUACAAGGAACGCAACUACCCCCAAUUUCUCCAACUGGUAGUGAACUUGGUCGGCUCUCACUACGCACCAUCUAGCUCGAGUUUGCAAUUGAAGGACAAGGUCGACGCCGAGCUGAGGUCGAACCCCGACCGGUCGCCAUGCAUGGUCCAGGCCUGGUUGAUCUACUCCAUUGCGCUGUAUGCGCGCGGGGAGCAGGAAAAGGCCCAAGAGGCUUUUUCACAUGGAACUGAAAUCGCGUUCGAGUUAGGCAUGAAUCGCUGGGAGUUUGCAUCAACGUCUCAGUCAGACAUAUCGAUCGAGGCCGAAAGCAUCCGACGAACGUGGUGGGAGCUGUACAUCACCGACAUCUUCAUGGCAGUCCAGCUCAAAAACAUCACGUUUCGUUGUAGCGGCAUCACCCCGGAGGUCGGACUGCCGUGCGAAGACUCGGUGUAUGCCGCAGGUUGUGAUGUGCCGGGACCCCGUCGAAUGUUGGACUUCAAGAGAAGAGUCUUUGCAGAGGAAGAGACGGUGUUUUCUUCUUUUAGUUAUCGCAUCGAAGCAGCGACAAUUCUCUGCAGAGUUUUGGUCUUGAAUCGGUUACGCGACUACCAUCGCGACCAUCUGCAGGCUAUCGAGAAUGCUCUCGUCAGCUGGGUCAACCACCUACCGCCGAAGAAGCUGGACAUCGUGGACUCGUAUGGGAAUGUCGACGAGAUGAUGUUCCAAGCGCACUUAACUAUCGCCUAUGCUGCCAUGCUGCUUCAUCUCCCAAGAAGCGACCUCCAGCCCCUUUUAUCGCAACCGGACGACCACUUCUGGCCCUCUGCGACAUGCCAUCUCUCCUCAACAUUCACGCGUCUCGUCCACAGCAUCAAAGCGACCGAAGCAUCGCGACGAAUCUCAGACUCAAUCUCAGUGUGUCCCAACAUCCAAAAACAUUCCCCAUUCGUGAUUCCGGCCCUAGCGCUCUGCGGAAUGAUCCAACUUGCCACGUCCAUCAGCCACUCCGAAGAAUGCUUCGAUCACCACUGCAAUCGCGUCACGCUGAUUCUGGGGUGUUUGAAAAGCACAAAGCGGACGUGGAACUCCGCAGAACCGGCAUAUCACUAUUUGCGAUCUUCGGCGGCAGAUAUUCUCUCAGAUUCCAUCGAGAGAUGGAAUGCAGGACCACUGGAAAAGAUAACCCCGUCACAGUCUGCGCCGAACGAUAUGGAACGAACGGUCCAAGGCGCGCCCGCAGUCACCACGAUCGCAGAAGGACAGAGCCUUUUGGCGCCAGAACUUGCACCGGCAUUUAUUGAUCCGACGUGCUAUAAUGCGUCGUUCUUCAAUUGCCUGGCAGAGUUCGAUAUCAAUUAG